AACUUGCAUUAUGAACUCAGCUCACAUAAGCAUCCAUUUUGAGCAUCCUCCUGAGUAUUUAGCUUCGUGAACGACGAGCUCUUCCAUCCGCGAGACUUUAGAGAAAGCUGAUAGGCUCAAUCGCAACAGUUCUAAAUGUGUUUUUUUCCAGCGACUUGGUAAGCACCGGGGGAAAUACUAUAUUUGGUAUAAAACCUCACAAUCAACAGUUCCUACUGCAACACCACAGGGAUUGAACUAAGCAUAAAAAACAGAGUCUAUGGCUGUCCCGGGAAACUCACUAUGGAGGCUGCUUCUCUGUGCGUAUUUUGCGCUCACGGUCGGAGCGGACUGCGAGAAGGACUGUGCGCUCUGCCUCAACCGCAUACUGGGACAACAGACGGCAAUUAACACUCUGACAUGCUCAAUAGAAUGUGAGGGCAGCAUGGACACCACGAAGCUCCGCCUCUGCCGAGACGUCCUAUUGGAGGAGGAGCCUGUCGCUGUUGACGAAAUCAAACAGGAAGGGGUGGAGGGCGAGCAGCACCAGCUGGCCAAGAAGUAUGGUGGCUUCAUGAAGCGCUACGGGGGGUUCAUGAUCAGGAGGAGCCCACCCGUACAGGAUGGAGGAGUGCAGGGAGGACAGAACAGCCCAGUGGCUGAGGAAGAGGACAUCCGUCUGGAGAUCCUGAAGAUCCUGAAUUCAGAGGCGGAGGCGCAGAGAGACGGAGAGUUGGCCAAGCGCUACGGGGGGUUCAUGAGGAGAGGGGGGGACUUCGGGGCUCUGGAGGUGGCGGGCAGGCCAUUGAAGAAGCGUUAUGGGGGCUUCAUGAGGAGGGUAGGGAGGCCUGAGUGGCUGGAGGAUCAGAAGAACAAGGGGGGGCUCCUGAAACGCUCCUGGGAGGGGCAGGGGGUUGACUCCCCCCUGGCUGAGAUACAGAAGAAAUAUGGCGGAUUCAUGGACUAGGGGCAGCCCCUUCUCCAACCCCUCCUGAUGAGUCUGGACUCUCAAUAUUGAUCAGAUGAUCCAUUCUUAUUCUGUUGUUGUGCUUGUACUGUGCUGCUUUUUGUUUGUUUGGGUUUACUGUGACAAAAAAAAACACUAAGCCUAUCAGGUGAUGAUAACUACAUUUAUGACAACCAGUACUGUAUGUUUUAUGGGUUUGGUUAUUUAUAAAUUAACCCGUGUUCAUUGUGGUGUGCGCGGGCUGGGGCAUGUGUGGAAAACCAAUCAUGGCAUGACCUGUUUGCUCUCUCUCUUUGACUUGCCACUGUUUUUAAAUCGAUAGUUAACUUUUUUGAAGUGUUAGUUAAUUUUAGACUUACCUAGGGUAUUGUUGUGUCAUCCAAACCAUUUUUAAUGGUGGGUUAUUUAGUAUUGCCCAGAAUCUCUUGGCAAGGCAAGAUGAAAAUAUGUUGGUGGCUAGACCUACUUUCCACCGUGCUCACACUUAUCUCAGUAUGCUGAUGUCGAAACAUGUUGCUUUCAGUUGAAAAUGUCCUCGUUUUGUGUUCUUUCUAUAGAGAACAGAACAGCAUUUGAGACCAAUUAGUUGUACAAAACCUAAUAAACCCAUGAAUCCUGCAGAAAUAAUUGGACUCCGCUCUGUCUUGUUCUGGCUGUUUGAUGUGUUUGUCAGCUUGGGAAGUGGAGCUAAUGCUACUGUCUCACUCUGCCAAGCCCACCUGAUAAUAACUAUGGUGUUAGUGUUGAGGAUUGGAUUCAUUUGACAGAUUCACUCAGCUUGGGGGGAGAUUUAUUAAGCAAAUGUAGGUGCUUUGUGGCCUGUCUAUAUUUUUGUACACAUUGCUCACGUGAACACAAAAUAUUAACAGCAAUUGCCUUUAGAUGUUGUCUCUUAGCUCCCCCAACUUCACGCAGUACCAAAACUUCACAGCUUGGCUAGAUAUUUUGCUUAACUUAAUCCCGCUAGAGGUCUAUAUGAAGAAUGCUCUUCAUAACAAUAAGGCAGUAUUUGAAAUAUGAUUCACAAGUUAGAUUUCUACAAAAGGGGAUUGAUAGCCCCGCUCCAUUCUGCCACAUUCAUUAAUAUCUUCAAUUUCUCUAGUUUCAGUGUUCAGAGGCACCACCAUAUCUACACUGAGUGUAGAGAACAUUAAGUAAACCUUCCUAAUAUUGAGUUGAAGAGAUCCUUCUUUAACAUCCCUUCUCCCCUUCAUCUACACUGAUUGAAGUGGAUUUGACAAGUGACAUCAAUAAGGGAUCAUAGCUUUCACCUGGAUUCACCUGGUCAGUCUAUGUCAUGGAAAGGAGCAGGUGUUCAUAGUUUUUUGUAUACUCAGUGUAUAGCCACAGAUUUUCACUUCCAAAAUGUUGGCAGAUGCAGACAUCAUAUAGAUAAGUCCUUUAUCAAAUGUAUAGAUUAAUAUCUAUCAUAUCUAUCAAAUCUCUAUAUAUGGUUAUGUCAAAUAGGAAGAUGUCAAAAUAUUAAUGGUAUUCAUUAAUCAAUGCAUAUUAAUUGAAUGUCUUGUCAGCCCUCAUUAGGCAUAUGCUAUGCUUUAUCUUGGCCAGGUCGCAAUUGUAAAUGAGAACCUGUUCUCAACUUGCCUACCUGGUUAAAUAAAGGUAAAAUAAAAAAAAUAAAAAAAAUAUGCUUAAAGAAAA